AUGCCACACUUCAGAUAUUCUGAACUCCCCCCAGGGAACGACAGGACCCGCCUGCUUCGCUUGUUGCCAAACGAAGACAACACUGCGCCGAUUAAAUGCCAGCUUCUCAACUAUUCUCUCCAGAAGAACAGAAAUGGCGCCCACCUGUACGACGCUUUGUCUUACGUAUGGGGUACCUCAGCCAAGUCACAGGUCAUCUAUAUCGAGGACGGGGAGUUCAAGGUGAACCAGAACCUUCAUUCGGCGCUUCGACGGCUUCGCGAUCCUACGUUCGAGCGGAUACUAUGGGUGGAUGCCAUUUGUAUCAACCAAGGCGACGAUAAAGAAAAGGAACGACAGAUCCAGGCGAUGGGAAAGAUAUAUGCGGGAGCGAACCAAGUGGUCGUCUGGCUUGGCAACGAGGCUGACGAGAGCAAUGAAGCUAUGAAAAGCAUUCGUGCGAAGGCUGCAGGCUCAUAUGGAGUAUCCGAGGACGGAAAUAUAAACAUAAACGACGCAGCACUCAGUAAGCUGUGUGAGCGGUCUUGGUUUCGCCGUAUUUGGGUGGUUCAAGAAGUUGGCCUAGCACGAAACAUUCGGGUGUUGUGUGGUUCUGCCGAAGUAGCCGGGCAUGCAUUCGGCUUGGCCUUACGAGCAGAUAGAAAUCCCACCGUGCGCGCUAUGGGCCGUAAUAUGGGAGAAGCAAUCUUUCGACCUCAAUGUGGGAUAUAUCCGCUAGCUCAACUCUCCUUAGUUGAAUUAAUAGAUAUAUAUCACACCCACGAGGCUUCUCUACGCCAUGAUAAGAUAUAUGCCCUCCUUGGCAUGAGCUCGGAUGGCUCGAGUGCAAAAGAUCUACUACCCAACUAUAACCUUCCGUGGGAGGAGCUCUUCACAAGACUAAUAAAAUAUGCUCUGGGUGAAACGGUGUCCGUCAGGAUUGGGGAAGAUAAAGACACCGCAAUGAUCCAGGCUAAAGGAUGGGUUCUGGGUCGAGUACAUGAAGUACAAAGGAGUUCACAUAACCGCCAAAUCUUAUCGAUUUAUUUCACUGGAGAGUGCUUUUGGACAACGAAAAGGCAACACGACAUCCGGGUAACCGUAUGGACUGUCCGAGAUUCGGCCAGAGACAUCCGAAAAGGUGACCUUGUUUGUCAAGUACAGGGAGCACCUGAGCCGACCAUUAUCAGACACUGCGACUACCAUUUUGAUAUAAUUCUCUUGAAAACUACCUGUAUAGGGUCGAAGAGCUUUCCCCCAGAAUACAAAUUGCCCAUGCAGGCACGGCCUGCGCGAAACCUCUACCUGGUCUGGAGCUGGAAACAAUCCUCGACGAACACAGACUCCUUUGCGUCAACAACGUCCGGGACAUUUCCAGCUAUAGAUCAGAUGCUAUGGGACACGAAUCUCAUCUUGCACGAUGCAGCAGAUAAUGCCAAAUCAGCAAAGCAGGCAUAUUUCCAUGUAGCUGAAAUGCUGCUUGUAUUUGAGCAAAAGCUCAAGUAUCACCAUCCGAAAACACAACUGGCUGUGUAUGGACUUGCCAUGCUGAAUGCGGCGUGCCCGGGGGUUUCUCCUCGCCUGUACGUCAGUCAGAUACUAAAUGACAUGUUUCCGAAUCGUGAGUUGAGGGACAAGUUAGGAUAUUAUUACAAUCGAUGGAGGUAUUGGGAUGAUAAGCGUUUUGUUACUGGAAAUUUGGGCAGUCCGUAUUUCUCGAAGGACAAAUUUGAACAGUUGAUAGCAAAGAUAGAGGACGGGAAAAAGCAUGAUUGGCAUCCUUUUACUACUUUCCAUUGA